UCCCAAAACAAAAUGAAAAUUACUAUCUUAACUCUCUUAUUUACUACGGGUUUUCUUGCCAUCCUCCUCCUGCCCGAGCCGGUUUUGUCCCAAAAGUGUAAAUGUGCUCCAAAUUUGUGUUGUAGCAAAUACGGUUAUUGUGGCAAAGGAGAUGCUUAUUGUGGAAAAGAUUGUCGAGGUGGUCCAUGUUCUUUGCCAGCUCCUAACAAUAAUGCCAAUGUCCCUGGUAUAGUGACAUUGGCAUUCUUUAACGGGAUUGUUGCAAAGUCUGCAGGCAACUGUCCCGGCAGACGCUUUUACACACGAGAUGUGUUUCUUAGAGCCAUCAAUGCCUUUCCACAUUUUGGUAGGUCUGGUUCCAUUGAUGAUUCAAAGCGCGAAAUUGCAGCUUUCUUUGCUCAUGUUACUCAUGAGACCGGAUACUUGUGUUAUAUAAAUGAGAGAGGCCGUCCUUCAAGAAACUGUGACAGGACACAGACCCAAUAUCCAUGCAAUCCUAAAAAAAGUUACCACGGCAGAGGCCCAAUGCAACUCUCGUGGAACUACAACUAUGCUGAAGCAGGGAAGAGCCUCGGGUUCGAUGGGCUCAACAACCCUGAUAUUGUAGCUACAAACCCAGUGGUCUCGUUCAAGACGGCCUUGUGGUUUUGGAUGGACAAGGCUCAUUGGGAUUUUGCCUCUGGGAAGGGGUUUGGAGCCUCAAUUAGGGCCAUCAAUGGGGUGGAAUGUGGUGGUGGGAACCCAGGUGCUGUAAGCGCUCGAGUCACACACUACACCGACUAUUGCAAGCAGUUUGGUGUUGCACCUGGCAACAACCUUAGAUGUUGAUUAGUCGGUCGUCAUUAUAUAUUACCUAUCAUACAAUUAAUGAAUAACCUUAGAUGUUGAUGGCGUUAUGUAUUAAUUUCGAAUCGUUUAUACUGCAUAAUAAUUAAUUACCUAUCAUACAAUGAAUAAGGUCGAAUAAUAUGUAGUCUUUUAUGAAC